UGGAGGUAAGGUGAAGUAGCUAGCUUAGCUUAGCUUAGCUUAGCUAGCUAGAUGAUGUUAGGAGGUUCAUUUGGUUCAUCGCCAUCAUCGUCAUCAAGAUCCCACGACAAGCAACCACAACAUUUCGUCGAUAUUCACAAUAAUAGUAACCAGCAGCAGCGUCGGAAUCAUGAUCAGGGCAUCGGCUUGCGCCAGCUCCUCAUAACCUGCGCCGACCUCAUCUCCAGAUCUGACUUCUCCGCCGCCCACCGCCUCCUCUCCGUCCUCACCACACGCGCCUCCCCUCUCGGCGACUCCACCGAGAGGCUUGCGCAUCAGUUCGCCCGCGCCAUCUCGCUCCGCCUCCACCGCCACGUCGCUGCCCCGCCCGCCCCGUCUCUCCUCCAGUCCUCCUACCUCGCUCUCAACCAAGUCACGCCCUUCCUCCGCUUCACUCACCUCACAGCCAACCAGGCUAUCCUCGAAGCCGUCGAGGGUGGCGGCCAGCGGCAGGCGGUCCACAUAGUGGACUUCGACAUCAUGCACGGCGUCCAGUGGCCUCCCCUCAUGCAAGCCCUAGCGGAGUGGUACCCGCCGCCCACGCUCAGGAUCACCGGCAGCGGGCGCGACCUCGACACCCUCCGGAGGACCGGAGACCGCCUCGCCAAAUUCGCUCACUCGCUGGGGCUGAGGUUCCAGUUCCACCCGCUGCUGGCUCCCGGCGGGGAUGACGAGCCCCCGCCGCUGUCGUCCGUGGUGCUGCUCCCGGACGAGACCCUGGCCGUGAACUGUGUGUUGUACCUCCACCGCCUGCUGAAGAACCGGGAGAGGCUCGGGCUGUUCCUACGAAGGAUCAGAGACGAGAUGAGGCCGAAGGUGGUGGCGGUGGCGGAGAGGGAAGCGAGCCACAACCACCCACUCUUCCUGAAGAGAUUCGUGGAGGCGGUGGACCACUACGCGGCGGUGUUCGACUCGCUGGAGGCGACGCUGCCGCCGAGCAGCAGGGAGAGGUGGGAGGUGGAGCAGGUGUGGUUCGGGGGCGAGAUUGCGGACAUCGUGGCGGCGGAGGGAGCGAAGAGGAGGGAGAGGCACGAGAAGUUUGCGUGCUGGGAGGGAAUGCUGCGGGGGUCGGGGUUUAGGAGUUUAGGGCUGAGCCCCUUCGCUGUGUCCCAGGCUAACCUCCUUCUCCGACUCCACUACCCUUCGGAAGGGUACCACCUCCGACUCAUGCCCGAUUCCAACUCUCUCUUCCUCGGAUGGCAAACCCAACCACUCUUCUCUGUCUCUUCUUGGCACUGAUAGAAUCACAUAUAGUCUCAUGUCCAUCUACAUACUAUACGGAGUAUAUCAUUCUUGCCCGCCCGCCAUGCCAAAGCUUAGCUUCCGAUCGAUCAUUCAUUAAAUCCUAGAGGCCAGGGCCGGAAGCGGACUCAUAAUGGAAACCCUAACCCUAGCUAAACCCUAUUCAUCUAUCCAUUGAUUUCCUCCGAUCUUGCCGCCCAAAGCAAACUUGCAUGGCUGGAGAUGGCAUCAAACAUUUCAAUCGAUUGUUUUUUGGUUGUUAAUUGUAAGGUAAAAGUUAACUCGAUCAAAAUUUGAGUUAUUGGAUGAUACCAAUUUAAAGUGUAUGUAAUUAAUAUUAUGGUGUACGUCUAUUAUUUAUAAUGAGAAUAAUUGUAUUCUACCUGCAUGCGGAU